AAAAGAGAUGUUUGGAUGGAUUAGUGGUGUUGCAAGGGAGGGUAGAAGAUGAAAAGAAUCUAUUAGUAGUUAGAAGUGGCAUUAAUAUUGAAAUAUAGAAGGAGUAAAGCAACCUGAGAUGGUUUGGCUUUACGUAUUUGCAGAGCACUCCAACGUUUUCCAUGACGAGACUAAAAACAUGCAGUGUCUAGUAAAAGAAAUUUGGGAAAAGCCAAGGAAGAACAUUGGUUGAUGUGAUGGGGAAAGACAUGAUUUCCUUAAAAUUAAAUGGUGGAAAACGAUUGCCUUCAGUCGAGCUUAUGAGUUCUAAAAGAAACUAGCGCAAGGAAAUGUCUCCUUGCGUUAGUAAUUUGGAUAAAGAUUUGUGGAGUUGACUUGAGCAUUUAUUUCAAAAAAGGUUUGGAAUGCACGAGUUAUGUAUACCCUUUUUUAUCAUGUAGUUCUUAUCCACAUGCAAAGUUCGAUUUUUAGAAAUCCAUUAUUGAAAUAGAGGACGAUUCCUCGUCUAGGAAUUAUCUUUUUAAUUUGGCAACCUGCUUUUUUAUUUUUUUGUUGACAAAAGUGAGAAGUUGUAUUGAUGUAAGCCUAACAUCACUUACAAUAUGGAAUUCACUACAAAUAUAUUGGACAAAGCCAAACUAAUCGUCUAAAAUACAAAACUAGAAAAGUACAAGGCAGUUGAUGUCAUCCACCCCAACCCAGGCAUCGCCUUAUGCAUAUUCUGCUGAAAUUUCAUAUUUCCUAACAGUCAUGAAUCUUUCAUAAUGAAUUUGCUUGAAAUGGUGCCUUUGAUGGUAAUGAUGGUACUCUUUUUCCGACUCUGACCCACAGUAACCUUGAGCUUCCUCAACCAAACUAACACAAGUACACUACAACCUGUUAUCCAUUUCAACAAUGAUAUAAACUGUAGACAACUAAAAUAAUACCUUAGGCUUGUUACAAAAAAAAAAAAAAACUAUAUUUGGACGUACAUGGUUUAUUUUUUAUUGCUUAAACGAACGUGGAAAGUUUGCUUCGUCUAUUGUCGACGAUCACUUUAGAUUUGGUCCAAUAGAUCAGUACUGUCAUACCAAAUAAAUCUAAUGGCCGUUGUGCUUAACAUUCGUCUUGCGGUUCUUCAAACGCUCUGGUGGUAGCCUUCUGUAACAACUGUGAGCAAUAAUCGAGUCGAUGGACAUUCUUCCGUGUUGUCAACUAGCAUUGCUAAUACACAGCCUGGUAUGAAUUUGACAUAUAUAAUGUUGAUAUAUCAUUUUGUAAUGAACAAGACUUGGAAUUUGUAAGGGGGCAAAUGAUUUUUCAAGCUGUGACUAUUACCCAAGUUUCAAUGCUUUUCCCGGUGCUUCGUUCUUCUGAGGCUUUGGCUGGCUUAGCUGGAGACUGAUGGGGGAAGCAAAUUUUUCUUAGAAUCGGAAAGAGAACAAUAUCUAAAUAUUCUCUGUCAAAGACGAAAACAGUGACAGGCCGAUCAAGUGCUUGGCUUUGUGGCUGCUUUUUAUCAAGAAAAUUGGGAGCGGAUAGGGAAGGACAUAGUUCAGUCUGCUUUGGCCUUUUUUCAAUCGGGUUAUAUGCUUAAGGAGCUUAAUCACACUUUUAUUACCCUUAUCCCGAAAGUUCCAAAUCCGCAGCUGGUUGGUGAUUUUAGGCCAAUUAGUUUGUGCAAUGUUCUAUACAAGUUGUUGGCCAAGGUUUUAGUCAAUAGACUACAUGUGGUGCUUGGGGAUCAGAUAUCUCAGUUUCAGAAUGGAUUUGUGCCAUCCAGGUUGAUCUCAGAUAAUGUUUUGGUUGCUCAUGAGAUUUUGGAACAUGUAAGGAAAAGAAAGAAAGAAAGGACGAAGUGCGCUCUAUGCUCUUAAGCUUGACAUGAACAAGGGGUAUGAUCGAGUUGAUUGGGAUUUCUUGUUAGGAAUUCUCAGGGUUAUGGGUUUCAGCCUGAAGUGGAUAGGGUGGAUUCUGCAGUGUGUAUCUACAGUGUCUUUUUCGGUUUUAGUUAAUGGGAGGAAAUCUUGCACUUUUGUGCCGACUUGUGGGCUUAGGCAAGGCCAUCCGCUCUUGCCUUAUCUGUUUAUUCUGGUUGCUCAGCAAGGUUUCGGAUGGAUUGGGGGAGUUUGCGUCCAACAACAUUUGCAGAGGCAUUUCUGGCAAAGGAUAAAUUUUAAUAAGUCUGAACUUUUUACAAGCCCCAAUAUGAGAUCACCAGAGGUGUUUAAUUUAAAACGUAUUUUUGGAGUAAGGAAUGUGGAUAGGCCUGGGAUUUACCUUGGAGCUAGUAUGGAUUUUUCUUCGAGGAAAGGUAGUCUUUUCUCCAGAACUCUGUAUAGAAUUGGUAUGAAGGUUGGUAUGUGGAAAGCUCCUUUGUUACCUUUUUCGUUGCGUCUUGUUCUCGCUAAACAUGUUUUGCUUACCAUUCCUAAUUACUUGUUAUUGUUUUUUAGAGCUCCAGCUUAUUUUCUGAAUAAGGUUAAGAGGGUGGUUUCUCGAUUCCUCUGGUAUGGAGAGAGAGAGAAAGGUCUGGUUUGGCGAAAUUGGGAAAUCUGCUGUUUGCCUAAAACCAAGGGAGGAUUAGGUUUGAGGGAUUUAACCAAAGCAUUAUUGGCUAAGGUGGCUCGGCGGAUAAUUAAGAACCCAGAGUCCUUACUCGCUAUGGUUCUUGUUGGUAAAUAUAGUCAGCAGCAAAACUUGUUAGAAGUCAAAUUGACUUCUUCAGCUUCUUGGGGUUGGAGGAGUAUUUUGUGGGGUAAGGAGUUGUUGUGUAAAGGUUUAAAAUGGAAGAUAGGCAAUGAUAGAAGUGUUAGAGUCUUCCAUGAUGAAUGGAUCCCCAAGAUAGUUAAUCCUCUUAAAGGAUCCCCGCUAGCUUGUGGUUUACCGGAUUUUAAAGUGAUGCAUUUAUUUGAUGCACAGUGCCGUGUUUGGCGAGAACCGUUGCUUAAGGUCUUAUUCCUGAAAGAGGUGGUUGAGACUAUCCAAUCUUUAUACCUCCCAUUCCAGGAUUCCAACAAUGAGUAAGUAUGGAGCAUACUAAGAAUGGGAUAUUUUUGAUUAAAUCUGCUUAUUGCUUCGUUUUGAAGCCCAGUUUGUGAGAGUGUUUCGUCGAGAGCAGGUUAGGUUUCCGAGUUGGAAUAGAGUUUGGAGUCUGGGUUUACCUCCUAAAUUUCAGUUGUUUAUUUGGAAGGUGAUUCAUCGUAUUGUAGCGGUCAAGGAUGCCCUUCUUAGAAGAAAUAUUCAUGUGGAUCCAGUUUGUCCUCUUUGUAAGCAAGCUCUGGAAGCUAUUGAGCAUUUAUUCCUGAAUUGUGACUUUGCAAGGAGGGUGUGGAGAGCCUCUCAUUUGGGCUUUCAUAUUUCAAUAGGGAGUACGGUUGGAUUCAGUCAGUGGUUUGAUAAACGGUUAAAGGAGGCUCCGGAUCAAGAGUUAACUCAGGAUUUCAUUUUUAUUAUGUGGUCAAUUUGGUGUGCUCGUAAUGAUGUUAUUAUCAGGAAUGGUGACACGGAUGAUGAUAAUAUGUUGCGUGUUUUUUCAGGAUUAGUAAGUUUAUGCAGGACUGGCCUUGGUAACUGCAGAGGCUGUAUAAGGAUAAGGUUAGAAAUGGAGUGGCUGAAGGGAAGGGCGGGUGGGCUCCGGUGCUUUGUUUUGAACAUAAUAAAUCUGGUUUGGUGGUUGAUCAGGCGGGUUUGACCUCUUUCUGUUUUUCGGUCAAACGGAAAUUCUGGUUUGACCUCUUUC